AUGCUUUAUUGUAGGGCACUAACUCAAAUACAUCAUAUUAUAGUAAGACCCCAAUUCUCCGAAACAAUAGCAAUCAACGCCGGUCGACACCCCAUCUUGGAUCAUAUUUUGUCGUUCCCGUUAGUUCCAAAUGACUCAUUUGCGUCUUUAUCGAGCAGCUUUCAGUUUAUCACGGGUCCUAACAUGAGUGGAAAAUCCACUUACUUGCGUCAAAUAGCCUUACUGACCAUAAUGGCUCAUAUGGGAUCAUUUUGUUUUAAGCCUGAUACCAUAUAUUUUCAGUUACUCUCUCGAUUGGCAAAUGACAAUACAUUCUCAGACAUCGGUACUUCGUCAUUUAUGUCUGAAAUGAGAGAGACAGCAUAUUUAUUACAGCACGUAACUGAUACUAGCUUGGUAAUAAUUGACGAGCUUGGUCGUGGCACUUCCCCAUCUGACGCAUUGGGAAUCACGGCUGCUGUUUGCGAAGAUUUGAUUAGGACAAGGGCAUUCUGCUUCUUUGCAACUCACUUACACGAGUUAACAAGAACUCUUAUUGUAUAUCCAAAUGUGGUAAAUCUACAAUUCAAGGUUCAUGUAACCGUGAGUAAAAAAAAUUAUGCGUGUUUUUGA